AAGUGUUGACAUAUAGCAUAUUACAUAAACUACACUCGUAGCACUCCUACACAUUUGCAGAAAUUGUUAAUAACCGUAUUUUAAUGGAUCCAAAUGAAGAUGAAUGCUACACACGUCUGAAACAAUUUACUUCAAACACACCCCAACAAGAUGUGGUUAAUCUUUACUCAAAAUGGGCUGCCACUUAUGAAAAGGUUGCUGAUGAUAUUAGUUAUCAAGGACCAGUAGUUGCAGCAGAACAGCUUCACGAGACACUGAUUAAACACAACUACAAUCAGGGCAUUAAAAUUCUGGAUCUUGGUUGUGGCACAGGACUCGUUGGUGAACAUCUUUACAAGCUGGGAUAUAAAAAUGUAGAUGGUAUUGAUAUUAGUGAAGAAAUGUUGAAGCUUUCUGAAGCAAAAGGAGUUUACAGAUCGCUAAAAAAGGGAGUCAUGGGAACCAAUGGAUCAGUUGAGCUGGGAGUUACCGCUGGCCAGUACGAUGCAGUUAUAUGUGUUGGUGUUUUUGGUCCUGGUCAUGUAAAAGGGAAAGGAAUGGAUGAUUUUAUUCAUUCUGUAAAACAAGGAGGCCUAAUAUUCUUUACAAUUAAUGAAUUUGUACUCGACGACCCUGGCUAUGGAUUUCAUCGGAAGCUAGACGAGCUAACAAAACAAGGAAAGUGGAAACCUAUUUCUAAAUAUUUUGAGCCAAGAUAUGCAAAUGACAAAGGGGCAUUUUAUUUUAUUUUUCAAAAACAAUGAAAUUUACUUUAGCUUUUUAACAAUAUAUGUAUUCAUUUAUUGAUCAAACGACAACAUUAUCCUAUUACAUAAAGCUUAGAAAUUUU